AUGGCGGCGGCUGUGUACAUAAACGACAAGUCGGUGGUCGAGUUGGUUCCGUACGCGGCCCGUCGCAUAGCGUUCCGCUUGGACGUUGGACCCUUCGCGCUACUGUACCUGGCGGUCUACUGGGCGAUAUUGAGUCUGGACACCAAGGACCGGUGGGGGCAGGCAGUUGUGUUGGUGGCUCUCCCCUGCGUGCUGGCGUGCCACCUGCUAGUUUUCCUGUCCACGCAAUGGAGCAUUCGGUUCAUGUGCUUGGUGUCGCAGUGGAGGGUGGCUUCGAUCGAUCGCGCCGAGGUAGGAGAUGUUGCAGAUUGA